AUGUCCGCUCCGCCCCUGCCGAUCCUCUACGCCGAGGACACCCCCUUCACGGACUACUCCCUGGCGGUCUGGGGCCGCGUCUUCAACGCCCUGCGCGACUUCUCCCGGCGGCCCGUCGCCGUCGUGCGGGCCACGCACCGCGCGCACGUCGCGGAGGCCGUGAGGCUCGCCGCCGAGAAGGGGUGGCGCGUGAGCGUGCGCAGCGGCGGGCACAGCUGGGCCGCGUGGUCCGUCCGCGACGAGGCGCUGCUGCUGGACCUCGGGGGUCUCGGCAAGGACGACAUCGCGUAUGACAGGAGCACGGGUGUCGUGAGCGUGGCGCCGGCGAGGACGGGGAGGGAGGUGAACGGGUUCCUGGCGGGGCAGAUUGGCGGGCCCGGGGACGAGAGCGAGGAGGGCGUCGGGAGGUGGUUUCCUGGCGGCCAUUGCCCUGAUGUCGGGCUGGGGGGGUUCUUGUUGCAGGGUGGUAUGGGGUGGAAUUGCAAGAACUGGGGCUGGGCUUGCGAGAACAUCGAGGCCAUCGAAGUCGUCACGGCCGAUGGGCGGGAGCUCCGGUGCUCCGAGACGGAGAACGCGGACCUGUUCUGGGCGGCGCGCGGGUCCGGGCCCGGGUUCCCUGCCAUCGUCACCCGGUUCCACCUCCGGACCCGGCCCCUGACGGGCAUGUACCAGUCGCUGUACUUUUACUCCCUCGACCGCUUCGAGGAGAUCCUGAACUGGGUCAUCAAGAUCUGCCCGACGGCCGCCCCGACGACGGAGAUCGUGCUCUUGACCCUGACGCCGCCGGGGGCCGACUCCCCGCAGGUCAUGGCCAACUUCCUCUCCUUCGGCCCGAACCCGGAGCCGCUGAUCCCGCUGCACUCGAGCCACCCGCCGCGUCCCCUGGCGACCGUCUUCGCGAACCCGACGUCGCUGCCGCAGCAGUACGUCGACCAGGACGCGGCGAACCCGCCCGCGCACCGGUACGUCUCCGAGAACGCGUACGUCUCCAACGACGCCGACGUGCCCGCCGUGCUGAAGAAGGCCUUCACGACGCUGCCGACGCCGCAGUCGUUCGCGCUGUACUUCUCCAUGAACCCGUGUUCGCGUCGGCGGCAGCAGCAGCUCGGGGAGAAGAAGGACGCGGAGACGACGAUGCCGGACAUGGCGCUGAGCAUGCAGAGUGACCACUACUUCGCGCUGUACACCAUCUACCCGGACGCGGAGGACGACGAGAGGUGCCAGGGUUGGGUGAGCGACGUGAUGAAGGAGGUGGAGAGGAAGUCUGCGGGGAGCUACCUGGGCGAUGCCGACUUCCGGCUGCGUCGGACCAAGUUCUGGGGUGACGAGCAGGGCAAGAGGUUGAUGGAGGUGCGCAGAGCGUGGGAUCCGCAGGGCCGGAUCUGCGGGUACCUCGACGCUGACGACAAGAGCGGUGCGGAGGGGCUGAAGAACGAGUUCGAGUGGGCUUGA